CAACAGGCCAUGUCCGACGACGAGCCACCCCGCCGCUCACAGCGAGACAGGAAACAGGUAGACAGAUACGUCGGCGACGGGCCCUCCAAGAAACGGAAGCGCACGCAGGUAGACUCGGGCUCAGAGCUCACAGACCUUCCCUCGGAGCCAGAAGACGUUCCAGCCGGAGAAGAGGCUGAUGACGCUGGCAGCGACAACGACCAGGAAGACGCGGAUGACGAGGGCGACUUCGCCAACACUCCCAAGGCAAAGGGAAAGGCCCCAGCUGGCCCACGCAAGAGCAAGGCCGCUACCACCACCAAGGCGGCCAAAGGGCCCUCGGCCGUCAAGCGCCCGCGCACGGGAAAGGCUACUGGGGCACCCAAGGCCGUCAAGUUGCCCAAGGUCAAGGGGCGGAGGGUCAACAAGAAUGCCGACGGCGAGUUCAACCUCGACAAGUUGACCAAUGAGACCAAGAUACGGGGAGAUAACCCUCUCUUUAACGCGGUUUUGAACCCUUCCGCCGCGCUUCAGUCCACCGCCGAGGAAUUCCUCGACUCCCUGAACGAGAAUCCGGGACUCGCCCAGGCGGAACUAAUAAAUUGCGUCCUCCGCGCCUGCGGCAGCAAUGACUCUGUCGAUGCGGACGAGGUGGUUGACUAUGACGGCGUCGUCGACUCGCUCGACACUUUCACCGAGGGACUCAAGCAGGAAAACUCGCCCGUCUACCCGCUCACCUCCAAACUCGCCGUCUUCAAAAAGUUCCGCUCCUCCCUCGCCGAGCUCAUCGAGCGCAUCGUCAUCUCCGCCGCCGACACCGGCGCGCUCUACACCUCCGAUCUCAUCAUGACCGUCCAGACGUGGGUCGUCGCCAUGUCGUCCUCGCAGAUCCGCUCCUUCCGGCACACUGCCACCUUUGUCGCGCUCGAGGUCGAGAGUGCGCUGUGCACUGUCGCUGCCGCCGUUGAGAAGGAGGCGGAGAUCAUUGGAAGGCAGAGGGAGGGCGAGCGGAAGAGGAAGGCGAGCAAUAAGACGGGUGCGGGUGGCGCGGGAGGGGUGCGGGAGAAGGAUCUGGAGAAUAAGGCUGCGGAGGUAAGGAAGCGGAGGGAGGUGCUCGCGGAAUUUUUGAAGGAGGUUGUGGACGGCGUCUUCGUGCACCGGUACCGCGACCUCGACCCGACCAUCCGCGCCGAAUGCGUGCGCGCGCUCGGCGCGUGGUUCGGCGCGUACCCCGCGCACUUCCUCGACGUCUCGUACCUGCGCUACGUCGGCUGGGUGCUCUCCGACACGCACACGCUCGUGCGCACCGAGGCCGUGCGCGCGCUGCAGGUCGUCUACGCCCAGUCCGACUACGUCGGCGCGCUCGCGCACUUCACGGAGCGCUUCAAGCCGCGUCUCGCGGAGAUGGCCGCGCGCGAUGCGGAGCUGGGCGUGCGCUGCGCGGUGCUUGGGGUGCUCGGUGCGUUGGACGGGCACGCGCUCCUCGAGGACGCGGACCGGGAGAGACUGUGUUUGUUGGUGUUUGACGAGGAGCCGCGUGUGCGUAGGGCGGUUGCGGGGUUCGUGAGGGGCGUGUGGGAGGAUGCAGUUGAGGAGCGCUUGGUUGGGCGGCGAGGGAAGACGGACGAGAAAACGCGCGGGCGUGUGGGGACGAAGGCGCUUGCGGUGUUGUUGGUGAGGUGGGGUGUCGCGUUGGAGCGCGAGCGCAGUGCGGCGGCGGGGGAGGACGAUGAGGGUGGGAGCGUGUAUUCGGGCGAAGGGGGCACCAGCGCGCCGCAUCGCUCUGCGCAUGUGCCGCCGAGCGUCGCGGCGGACCAGGCUGGACGCACAGCGCUCGCAGUUGAGGCGCUGUGGGACGAGUGCGAGGCGGUGCGGGACUGGGAGGACACGCUUGAUGUCCUGCUUCUUGAUCACUCUGCUGGAGGCGACGGCGACGAGAUGGACGUCGAGGAGUCGUUGGCGGGUGCUGCGAAGAAGAAGGGCGGGGUGGAUGAGGUGUGGCGCCUUGAGGACGCGGAGGAGAGUGUGUUGCUCGAGGUGCUCGUCGCGAGUAUUCGGAGGGCAAAGACGCUGUCGGCUACGGCUACGAAGAAGGGCGAAGAAGACAAGAUCAACACAGACAUCACGCGUGCGCUCAUCAAGGGCCUCCCGCGCCUGUUCAUCAAAUACCAGACGGACGAAAGCCGCAUCGCGGACAUUCUUCUUAUCCCGCCACUCAUGAACCUCGAUCUAUACCUCGAGAUGCGCAUGAUGAAUGCCUACGCAGCGCUCUGGGACGACGUGACGAAACAGUUCCUCUCGCACGCCUCCUCCAACGUGCUCGCGAAAGCCUGCGCCGCGCUUCGCCACCUCAGCGGCGCGACGUCGCUCGCGAACACGAACGGCGCGAAGCAGCUCGAGCUCGAGGACGAGCUCGCGAGCCAGCUGCGCGACGCCGUCGCCGGGCGGGAGGAGCUCGCGGUCGCGAGCUUCGGCGAGGACGAGGUGCUUGCGCUCACGGCCGUGUGUGCGCGAGCGGCGGCGCUCGCGGGUGCGCGGGACGUGGCGGGAUGGAUGGAGGAGGAUGAAGGCGGGAAGCAGAGCUGUGUGUGGGAUAUUGUGUGUGCGCUUGUGGAGAGGGGAAGGUUGGGGUAUAAGGAGGAGGAGCGGAUGAUCGAACAGGGUCUGCAUCUCCUCGGGCUGCAUAUCAUCUGGAAGACGCGCAAGCUCCCUGAUGCGCCUGCGGGCGAGCUGAGCGCGGACGAGCUCAAGUUCCGUGAGGGCCUGAGAGAGCAGCGCGACGCGCUCGUGGAGAAGCUCGUCGAGUAUGCGGUGGGCACCCAGUCCAAUACCGCUGAAGGCGUCAAGCGCGCCGCGUUCCAGAACCUUAUGCAUAUCCACAUCCUCUUCAACCCCUCCAACCAAAACGCGGCUGCUGCACCGGGUGACGCUCGGCCGCUGCCGACGGCGGCGCUGGCGCUCGAGCUGGAUGACGAGGUUCAGUAUCGCUGUGCGGGCUUUAUUCAGGCGACGAUCGAGCAAUUCGAGGAGCAUUUUGAGGAGAGUGCGGUGUCUGAGCGGGAUGAGGAUAGUGCGAGUGGGAGCGGGGAUGAUUCGGACGAGGACGGUGCAGCUACCGCGGGCAAGGAGAAAGAGAAGGAGAAGGAGGGGGGUAAAGCCAAGGGCAAGACGAAAGCCAAAGGGAGGGAGAGAGAAAGGCUUGCGUCAAUGCUGCAAACGCCUUCUCGUGCGCGCCUGCAGGCCGAAUAUGUCUUCAUGUCCGUCAUUUCCACCUUCCUGCGCGCGAUCCGCGCCGGCGCGGUGCACAUCAAGCACAGCGCGGUUCUGCUCGCGCACCAUGGCCGCGUCAGCCCUUCGUUCGACCUCUGCACACGCGUCGUGGUGGACAUCCUCCGCGAGGAGGGGAUGUACAACGAGGGUGGGGACGUCGUCGUGCAGGUCAUCGAGCAGGCGCUCAAGGAGAGCUUCAGCUUCGUCGCCGAUAACAUCGUCAGUACCGAAGAGUACACCGUCGGCCUCGCGAAGCAGCUCGCGGGCGCGUUCCUUAUCCGCGGUGCGCAGCUCUCUGUCGUACGGCGGCUCGACGCGCGGUAUGUCGUCCGCGUGCACACGGACCUGCUCACGUGGGCCAUCAAGCGCAUCGCGGCGCUCGAGGGCAGCGGCAACAAGAACAAGCGCGCGAAGGGCGUGGCGGUUUCGUUCUUUAGGGUGCUCGUGCCGCUGUUAAAUUCGGUGGAGAGCCGGGAUGCUCUGAAGAUAAAAGCGCACAUGGACCAGCUGCUCGCACAGAACAAGUUGGAAGUGCCUCCGUCUGCGAAGAUGUGGGAACCUCAGCGAGCGUAUGAGAAGCGACUGCAAUCAGCCAUGAACAAGGACAAAGCACGCAAGGGUAAGAAAGCCGGACGCGCCCAAGUCGGUGCCGGAACAACAACCGAGGAAGAGCUUACCGACGGCGAGGUCUUGUCUGCGCCUGAAGAAGCUCCAGCACGGCCCAAGCCCAAGCCCAAGCGAAGGCGCCCCCGCAGGCGGAACGACGAUGACGAAGACGACGAGCCCGCAGAGGAAGAGGAGGAAGCACCUUCGAAACCUAAGUCAACACUUCGUGCACGGCGCUCCCUUCGCGGACGCGCUGCGGAAGAAGCUCAACCGGAACCGGAACUGGCUGAGCCAGCGACGCCCAGAGCGGGCAGCGCCGCCCCGUCCUCGAGGCUCUCUGAGUUGGAAGAACCCGAACCUACAUCUACCAUCGAGGAAGGUGUCGAGGAAGAAGAGGAGCAAGAGGAGAUCGAAGACGCAGACGAAUUGCCUACCACAAACGGCCAUGCUACGCCCGAGUCAUCGUCGCGGAAGCGUCCACGCGAUGGGGAGGACGCUGAUGAAGAGGAAGACAUCGACGAGGACGAUGCCUCGCAGACACGGACUCGCACGCCGGUACCGUUUGAUCGGGAGCUCGUGAUUAGGCGCAAACGCGCUAGACAUUAAGACCCGUUAUGAUUCGUUGUUAUUCUCCCGAUGUUCCUCUGCUCUUUACCGCCUGUGUCUGAUAAUUCUUGACUGUCGUUGCUGCAUGCGCUCAACUGCUGUUGUGCCUUCCUACUCUACUUCCUAUUCUUUUUUACUUUCAAGUCUCUGCUUGCUCCCUUUUAUUGUAGCGCC